GGCGGCAUCUUGAAGGCGUUCAAAUUUAAUUUACUGACAUUGGAGGUGGGAUUGGAAAUAAGAGCAAAUGGAGAUUCUUCCAAUACUUGAGAAGAAUGACGCACCCAAAACAAACGUAUGGUAUGUUCUGUCGCCUGAAGGCGACGCCCCAAGUGUAAGAGUAGGCCACACAUGCACUUUCAUUUCUGAGGAAUCUCCUGGUGUGUUGGUUAUUGGUGGCGCCAAUCCCGAUGGAUCGUUUGCUGACGUGUUUUUCUUGGAUUUUGAUAAGUUUCAGUGGAGUAAACCAGAAUGGCCAGGUAUCAGCAGUCGUUAUGAACAUUCAGUUUUUAUCCCUGAUUGUAAUCAAAAGAAAGUUUACGUAUUUGGUGGAGCUCAGCAAGCUACAAACUUGAAUGACAUUCAAAUUCUUGACCAAGAGAAUGGAAAAUGGGAAACAGCUGAAACACAUGGAAAUACACCAUCUCCAAGAACCUGUCACAGCAUGGCAUCUGUCAGCAGUAAGUUCUAUGUAUUUGGUGGAGGAUUAACUGGACCUGAUCCUGUUCCUGAUGCAACACUACAUGUUUUUAAUGCUGAGGAUAAUAGCUGGAGUCAACCUGAUGUGAGUGGAAAUCCUCCAUGUUCCAGACAUGGUCACAUAUCAGUGGCAGUUGGAACAGAUAUUUAUAUCCAAGGAGGAAUGGCUGGUACCAAUGUCUAUGAUGAUCUCUAUAAAUUUGACACUGUGAAUCACAUUUGGAGUAAACUUCAACCAAAGGGCAAUAUCCCAUCGUCACGCACUGCCCAUGCUGCAACAUGCAUAGGGAAAAAAGUAUUUAUCCAUGGAGGAAUGAGUGCAGUGGGAACUGCGUUGGAUGAUGUGUAUUCUAUAGAUACAGACACCUUAAGAUGGACACGAAUAUCAAUUGAUGGACCCAGUCCUGCACCACGACUUGAUCACACUCUAUGCGCAGUGGAAAUUCCCAAGCUGUCAGGUGAUGACAGUACAGCUGAAAUUGCAAAAGAAAAGAUUGGAGUGAUGUUACUGUUGGUGUUUGGUGGAAUGGACGCACAAGGAGAAAUUUUUAAUGACUGCUUAGUUUUAAGGCCUGAAAUUGUAAAUAAAAAUUGAACAUUUUUUUUGUAA